AUGGUUAUCAAAUGCGAAGCCUCUGAUGCCCCCGACGCCCUCUGGGUAUACUGCCCAUCGUUCGAAGCGGCCAUCCUGUUCUCAGUCCUCUUCGGUUUAACGACAAUCGCACACAUCACACAGGCCAUCAUCUACCGCAAAAGGUUCGCCUUCGUUCUGAUCAUGGGCGCCAUAUGGGAAUGUGGGGGCUACGUCUUCCGCACAUUGGCUGUGACACAACAGAAGAACUCGGCCUUUCAAAUUGUGCAACAGCUGCUCAUUCUCCUAGCGCCUCUCUGGAUCAACGCGUACAUCUACAUGUUGUUGGGUCGCAUGAUUCAUUUCUUCCUGGUGGACGAUCGAGUCUUUGGACUGCGCGCUCGACGCAUCACCAAGUGUUUUGUGUGGUUCGAUGUCAUCGCAUUCUUGAUUCAAGCUUCGGGUGGCCUGAUGGUGACUCCUGAGGCAUCUGUAAAAACACAGAAGUUGGGGUUGAAUAUUUAUACUGCAGGUGUGGGUGUGCAGUUGUUUUUCCUGGCCAUCUUUACGUCUCUUGCCGUCGGGUUUCAGCGAAGACUCAAACAACAGACACUGUCAUUGGCCACCCGGCAAAGCGACUCCGAUUCAGAAUCUCAACUGCAAAAUGAUAUGCCGCGUGAGAUCCCGAGCCCAGCGCUGGCCAAGAAGUUAUUGAUCCUGAUGUACGUCGUCAUGGGAUUGGUCAUUCUGAGAAACGUCUAUCGCCUGAUCGAGUUCUCCACUGGUGUCGACUCCACCAUUACUAAGCACGAAUGGUACCAAUACGUGUGGGAUGCCGCUCCCAUGUUCCUUGCUUCGUUGGUGCUGAACAUCGUCUAUCCUGGCAAGAUUUUGCAAGGUCCAGGGGCAGAUUUCAGACAGGAGGACAAGGCAAUCAAGAUGGCCAAGAAGGAGAAGAAAGCGGACAAGAAGAGAGAAAAGCAGGAACGCAAACUUGGGAAGUACACUGGUCUGUAG